GAGCCGAGGGGCGGGGAAGCCGAGCGGCCUGCUGGGAGCUGUAGUCCCUCUGCCGGCGGGAGGGUCAAGAUGGCGGCCACUGCCCUUCCAGAGCCGUUGCAGCAGCAGAGGGGAGAGGAGAAUGGCUGCGGAAACAGUCCCAGUUCUGGGGUGAGGAGCCCGGGGGGGGGGGAGCCCUACAGAUAUGAGAAAGGGGGAGGGCAUAACGGGGUGGGGUGCUCAAGUAGGGGAGGAGAAGGAGGUACCCUGGGGAUAGAGAGGGUAAGUACAUUGGAUGGGAAAUGGGAGUAAUUGGGAGUGGGGGCAUAAUAAGACACCCCCAAAAACAAAUUUAGGCUGGAAGGGCCUAGUAUGGUGUGGUGGUUAAGUGGUUUUAUUGUGGGGGGGGCGGCCCUCACUAGUGGCCUUAUUUAUGUACAGUGAUACCUCAGGUUACAUACGCUUCAGGUUACAGACUCCGCUAACCCAGAAAUAGAGCUUCAGGUUAAGAACUUUGCUUCAGGAUGAGAACAGAAAUCGUGCUCCGGCGGGGCGGCAGCAGCAGGAGGCCCUAUUAGCUAAAGUGGUGCUUCAGGUUAAGAACAGUUUCAGGUUAAGAACAGAUCUCCAGAACGAAUUAAGUACUUAACCCGAGGUACCACUGUAUGUAUUUCAUCGCAAUUUUAUGCCACAUUUUCCUCCAUGCAGCUCAAGGUCCACCUUGCAGGUCAGGUGCUGCCUCUCGGCUCGCCUUACCUCUCAAGGCUCUUGUGGGGAUUAAAUGAAGAGUGGGUCAGGCAGGAGCAGCAACAUAUGUGCCCCCUUUGGAGGAAAGGCAGGGUUAAAAUUGUAACAAACAAAUAAAAAGUAAGGGGGGGGAGGCUUACCUACAAGGUGGUUCGGGGUGGAAGGAUAAUAUGUAUUUAUUAUGAGUGGCUCUUGUGCUCGAAUCUUGCUUCCUGAUUUCCCUCUGGGGCACCUGGUUGAGAACAGGAUGCUGGACUAGAUGGGCCACUGGCCUGAUCCAGCAUUUUCUCCUUAUGCUCUUAUGAAUGUGGGUAGCCUUUGUUGGCUUGAACAUUGGCCCUCCCGGCUGCUCACACAGAGUUUUCCUGUUCUGGAGUGAACCCUUUUUUGGUUUUCAUCAGUACCCUCUCAACUGUUUUGUAAAUCUUUUAUGGUUGGAUUUGGAGAAGAUGCCCUCUUUUCUACUCUGUAACAAAUCUUAUCGACUGUGAAUAGUGAAAGGAACUUAUAAUAAAAUAUUAUUGGUUGGCAACUAAUCCACGAAAGAACCAUCUCCAUCAACACUAGAUAGAGGGUGAGCGAACAGGUUAAGGCUCUACAUAAAUUGCUGUGUGUGUGUUUUGUAGGGUGUUGGCAUAUAAAAUAAGCAAAUUGUGUGUUGUUCACAGGAGUGAGCAUGACACCUGUUUCAUGAAAAUUCUAACACCUCCUCUAUCACUUCUCAGCUGAGUUACCAUUCUAGGUAAUUGGGAAAAUAUGAACACACUUGACUGUCAGUGAUGUAAGGGGAGAAGAAGGAAAUGGUAAUGUAAUAAUCAUCAUCAUCAUCAUCAUCAUCAUCCAGCUUUCUCUCCCAGACCUGGACUCAAGGAAGCUUACAAAAAUUAAGACCACAAGGAUAAAAUAUGAAAAGCUAGAAACAACGACAGUAUUUUAAAAGUAAUUAAACAAUAAUAGAAUCAAGACAAUAUUUUAAAAGUUCAUUAAAAUUUCAGAUAGUAAAAACAGCACAGCACUAUUAAAAGCUCUUUACUUAAAAACAGUUCCCAAAAAGCCUUUUGGAAUAAAACGAUCUUCACGUAGCGAAGAGGGAGCUGGUCCAGCCUCUCUAGGAAGGGCGCUCCAAAAUUUGGAAGCAGCCACUGAGAAGGCCCUCUUAUAGCAAAUUUAAAAGCCCUGUGUAAAUGAACCCCCACCACAGGGCAUGAACAGAUCCUGAGAUAUUAAAAACCCACCACCACAAAUUUGCAUUCUAGAGCCUACCCAAGAGAGACUUCCCCAAGCAUUGCCCAUAUGCCACCAUGAGGACUAGAGGCUUGGUCUCUCUCUGGAAAGCGAAAAAGCAGGACCUGGGAGUGGGAGGGAAAGAUACCCUAAUGCAUUUCUUCCUACAAAGUAUUAUGGAAAGAUCCCUCUGGCCUGCGAAGACUAACCCUUUGAACGUUUCUGCCAGGACUCUGGUGAGGAAAAAGCUGACACGCCAUACCUGCAGGCCCGCCGGAAGCUUGAGAACCUCCUCAACAAGAGCAUGCGCAUCCGAAUGACGGAUGGGCGGACCCUGGUGGGCUGCUUCCUGUGCACCGACCGAGACUGCAACGUGAUCCUUGGCUCCGCCCAGGAGUACCUCAAGCCCACAGGUUAGUUCUCACCUGGGGUCUCCACCAUCGUUCCACCAGCUUUCUUUCUUUAUUCAUUUCCUGUUUAAUGCUUUCCACGUGUUUUUGCUUGUAAGCCGAUUGUGGCUAUUGAGGAAAAACUUAUGCAAUAGCGGAGUGAAACAGAGAAAAAGAUUUAAGUACUAAUAGCGAAGAAUUAGGUUGGGGGGCAGGAGAGGGUUGUGGGGCUUAGCAGCUCUCCUGGCAAGACAGAAUUUCAAGGGGGCUUCUUGAAGAGGGAUAAAUAGGUACCGCUCCGGCGGGAAGGUAAACGGCGUUUCUGUGCGCUGCUCUGGUUCGCCAGAAGCGGCUUAGUCCUGCUGGCCACAUGACCCGGAAGCUGUACGCCGGGUCCCUUGGCCAAUAAAGCGAGAUGAGCACCGCAGCCCCAGAGUCGGCCACGACGACCUAACGGUCAGGGGUACCUUUACCUUUACCUCUCUUGAAGAGGAGAGGGGCAUGUGCCUGGGGGACGGAAGCCCCUGUGUUCUUUGGAGGGAGCCUUUAAGUGCCCGGGAGAUGAGGACAGCCUUUGCCAACCUGGGGCCCUCCAGGCGCUUGGAACUACAACUCCCAUCGGUGCCAGCCAGCACCCUGCGAGCUGUAGCCCCAAGCCUCUGGAAGGCCCAAGGCUGGAUUAGGAGCAGAUGGGACCCUCCUUCUCACCCUCUCCCUCCUUUGCUCUGCAGACUCCUUCUCCGCCGGAGAGCCCAGAGUCUUGGGUCUGGCCAUGGUUCCAGGACAUCACAUUGUCUCCAUCGAGGUGGAGCUGGAGAGCCUGGCCUCCUUGCAGUACCUCUGAUGCACCGCCAGAGGGCAGCAGGCCUCCACCGUUUGACCGAACUUUGGGGGGGGGGGGAGGAAAUGCGGGGAAGGGACACAGGUCCCAGUUUGCUGCAGGGCAAGAGACGUUUCUCCUCCCUUCCCAGGUUUUCACCGUUGCCAGGGAAUGAAGCUUUCCUGGCAAAGCUGGACUGGACCAGUGCAUGCACUGUGAAACAGGACACCCCCCCAUCUCCAGGACUUGAAAAGGGGGUGGACUUAAUGUUUGUGUUUGUCAAAUGUUUGUUCAAUCUGGAAAAGAAUCCCAUUGCUGUUCUGAA